AUGGAGUCUGCAUCAGAAAGAAGAUGGGGAGACCAGGAAGAAGGCAGAGCUGAUGGUAAUUAUGAUUAUUUCAGAGAGGAAGAAGAGGGUGUGUCUGGGGAGUUCGGGAAGGUGUGCAUCAGGAAACAAAGGAAGAAGCGGCAGAAGCUCCUCCUCAUAGAACUGGUCCUGGACUUCGCGAAGAAUACCACCCUCCACGGCCUGCGGUAUACCACCGAAGUUGGACUUACAGUUGUAGAGAAAGUGUUUUGGGUCCUAACGUUCGUGGCCAGUGUGGUCAUGUGCUUUAUCCUGAUCGAGCGAGUUUGGCAUAAAUGGUGGUAUAGUCCUGUCAUCGUGUCUUUUAAUGAGAUGAUGAUUCCUGUCGGAGAAGUACCAUUUCCAUCCAUUACAAUAUGCCCGCAGUGGAAAUGCAAAACUUCGGCUUAUAGAUACACAGAGAAAUUUGUAAAGUAUGGAAAAAGGCGUAAAAACAACAACAACAUCGAUAGAGAGGCGUUAUUUUCAUCAGUGGUUAAUGAGGAGGAGGAAAGAAUAUUGCUUGAAGAUGCUUUCCUGGUGUGUGAAAACUUUUACAGAUACUUGUCGCCUCGAAAUAAAUCGAAUGAAUCUCUUGUAAAUAAUAUAGUACACAUGGCACCAGAUGUUGAAGAAGUGAUGCUUUCCUGUACAUGGAGAGGUCAGGCGGUGCCAUGUGGGCAGUACUUCAAAGAAGUUCUCACCAGCGAAGGCGUGUGCUUUAAUUUUAACGCGCUAUCGUAUGACGAAAUUUUCAAAACCAAGAGCAUUCAAAACGAAUACAUCUAUUUAAAUGCUUCAACCCCAGCAAAUAAAUGGAAUAUUAUUUCUGGAUAUUCGAGUCCAAUUUCGAAAAGAAAAAAGAAGAAGACAAAAGGAAGAAAAGCAAAAGUAGAAGAUGAUUCAGAAGAAUAUCCACGACGUGGCCAGGAAAAUGGUGCGCGACCGGAUCUCGAAAUUGUACUCGUUGAAAACGCAACAGAUGUCGACGAAUCUUGCAACAGUCUAUCUAAUGGCUGGAAAAUCUAUCUCCAGCACCCAGCUGAUAUGCCCCAGGCCUCGCUGUACUACUACGCAGCCAUCCCCGAUCAAGUUACCUCUUUGGCUCUCAAGUUCAGCAUCCUCAAUACGUCGGAAAGUUUGAUGAACUACAAAUAUGAACAGCGGCAGUGCUACUUCCCCAAGGAUCGUAAGCUUCAAUACUUCGGGACGUACACACCGGACAACUGCCGACUGGAGUGUCUGUCGCUGUAUACCUACAAGCGGUGCGGUUGUGUGUGGUAUCACAUGCCGCAUCACAACAGUUCCGAAUUAUGCACAGCUCAGCAAAGACGGUGCGUUGAAAAGGCACAAGUUCAUUAUUCGAAACUAAACUUCAUUAUUAUUUCAGAUGAGUUAGCAUCAAAUAAACUGAAGCAGAGCAAAUGUAAUUGUUUGCCGUCAUGCGACAGUGUUCAUUACGAUGCAGAAAUUCUUAAAACAAACUUUGAUAUCAAAAAACAUAUUAAAGCUAUGAACAAAAAGUAUGAUUACACUAUAUCAGACAACUACAAUUAUUCACGCUUGGAAAUUUACUUCAAAGAACCCCGAUUCGUGUCAAUGCGGCGGUCAGAGCUGUUUGGAUUGACGGACUUUCUGGCCAACUGCGGCGGGUUGCUGGGGCUUUUCCUAGGGUUCUCUUUCUUGAGUCUUGUUGAGAUCUUCUACUUCUGUACUCUCAGAUUAUGGUGUACCCUGAAAAAGGACAUCAAAAUUGAAAAGAAGAAGUUAAAGGAAAGCAUGUAUAGAAAAUAGUUUUCUUU